UAAUUUCAAUGGGAUUUCACUUUUAGUUUUUUUUUUGUUGAAUGUUAUUAUAAUUAUAACACAAAAAAAUUAAAUUGAAUUUUGAAUCAAAACAAUUGAAACCGAUUUUUUUUGGCCACAAUUUUGAAGAUUUUUUUUGUUUGUUUGGUUUCAUCGGUAAAGUGUCGGUUCAAUUGGUGGUCAAACAAACAAACCAAACAACAUUACCGACGACUGUGGGCGACAACAAUCAGUUAGACACAAAUGUUGGACAACUUUUUGGGCAACGUUUUUGGCCGAAGCAAAAAAUCGUCGACCAAUGUAUCGGCGACGGCGACGACGACAGCAACGGCGGCAACAACAGGGACCACUACGCACGCAAUGGCCAAUAACGGCAACUACGGUAGCGAUGACUUUAUUAUGGUCGGCAGCGGAUUCAAUGAUACCUUUGGCGGCGGCGUAGAAGACCCGACAGCCGCCAGGAGAUCGCUUUACCCGACCGUCGGCGGGACACUACUGACACAAGAGAUGUUUGUGCCAAAUAACAACUCAUUUCAUCCGUCGUCGUCCUCGUCGGCGACGACAACAACGCCGAUCGCCAGUGGCCAUCAAUCAUCGUAUAUUUCGCCAAUUGAUAACAUACCGUUUACCACAACCUACGGCGGCUCCUGUGGUUUUGAAAGUGUCGGCGGCGUUUAUGAUCCGCAAAACUGGCGAUCGCUGGCCAAAUCGUUUGCCACUAUCGACCGUAUUCAACAAUACUUGUCCACUUCGAGCCAAUCGGAGUAUAGUUUUCAUUUGGAGAACAAUAUCUUAAGCGAAUCGCUUCUACAGCAGCCGUAGAGAGAGAGAGACGAGAGACAGAUUCUUCUUCUUCAGAUGUGUCGGUGUUUUGUGUGGAUGUGUUGUUCACCCACUCAUUCAAUUCAUCGACGGUUGAAGAAUAGGAAGAAUAAGAAGAAUAACAAAACGAUUUAAAAGACAAUUAUAUAUUGAAUUAAAUUUUAAUAUGUUUUACGCCAACGAUUUUUUUUGUGUCAUAUAUAUAUGAUAUUGUUUGUCAUUUUUUCAGACAAUUUUGUGUUUUGAUUGAUUUUUUUUCAUCCAAGAGUUAUAUAGUUAACAAUUCAUUAAACAUUAUGUCUAUCUAUAGUGUAGUGUCGACUACUCUACUCUACUCUACUAUUAAUGAGUUUAGUUUGAAUUUGAAUUACAAAAACAAAACAGAAAGUUAUUUUACAAGUUUUACGAUUAUUAUAUAAUUAUUUUCACUAUUUAUUUCAUAAUUUAAUUAUAAAUUGAAAAUUAUUA